CCGAGCGAUGCCAGGUGAUGCGGCCGAGCGGCGGCUGGCACGUGCAGCGCAAAAAAGUGUGCGGCGUGGCAGGCAGGGUGCGCAGGCUGCAAGACGUCUGCCCCUGAAGCUAGGUCGGACCUGCCCGACCUGAAGCUAGGUCAUGGGCCGCUCGGCUCCGCCGAGGCGGCCCGAGGGAUGAGGGGGAGGGGAGGAGGAGGAGGAGGAGGAGGAGGAGGAGGAGGAGGAGGAGGAGGAGGAGGAGGAGGAGGAGGAGGUCGGGCGCCUCCUGGCUUCGCCAGGACGGCCCGAGCGGACAGGCUGACUCCGCCGCAGAUGGAGCUCUGGUUGAAGCGGGAGAGCCAUGAUGUCGGCGGCCAUGGGCCGCGCGCGCCGCCUCUGGCGGGCGUGCCGAAAAAUGCCUCUGGCGGCCCAGAGGGCAACGGUGCCCUCCGAGAGACUUCUGGCGAUCUGGCCACGCGGCUGGCGGCAGUCUCCCGCCAUGCGCUGGCCGAGUGGCCGGUCGCUCGUUGCCACGUGGGCCUCCUGGGCGACUGCGCACCCGCUGCCGACGGCGGCCUUGAAGGCAACCAGGGUCGAACUAUCAUUACCGGACCUCCGACAGAGGUGCCUUCUCCGGGCCCUCAAGGCGCCCCUCGGGCCCUUGAGGAGCCCUCGAGGGCUCCUCUUCGGCAGCCCUCGCUGCCACCCCAUGUAUCGCCCCCCCCCCUGCGCGCCCUGCUUCGCUACCGCCGGGCGCCGGGUAUGUCUUGCGCCCACAUGAACUGGAAGCCACCUCCCUCGCGGGUUCAAGUUUGCCACCAUGCCCCGGUUCCUCUUCCACCGAAAGUCCGGGGAGGUGGCUCCCAGCGCCUCCAUCCUCGACGCCUCGAUGCUCGGCAUGGCCUCCGGCGCGUCGGGGGCGUCGGGCGCGCCUGGGGCCGUGCCCGCGCCGACAGGGCUCUGCCUCGCUGCCAGCUUCGUCAGCGACGUCUUCCUGUCCUCUGCAGGGUCGAAGGGUGCGACUGGUCCCCCUCCCAGAAGCUCAGCCGGGGUGGCUGAUCACCUGGGGCGACUGGUGCGCCUGCGACGGGUUCAGGCCCCGCGUGCCGCGGGCCGGCUUCGGGGAGAGGCUGCCGUCCGUGGGGGGCACCCACUGGUUUGGCUUCACGGUGUACGAGCC